AUGGAUAUUAUAUCACAAAGUGAAAUUGAUUUUUUUAUUGAACACAUUCAAGAAUCAAAACUUAAUGAAUUAGGAUCAAAAAAGUAAGUCAAGUUUAAAAUAAAGUACCUAUCUAUCUAUAAUAGUUGAAUUAAAUAAUCUGCUUGUUGUAGAUGGUAUGAAAGUCAUGAUCGUUUGCAAAAGCUUAAUCAGCAAGCUACAUUGGAAGCUACUGAAAAUCGAGAGGAGUAUAUCAAGGAUCAGAUUAUCAGUUUUGGAAAAGUAAUAUCUGUUUGUUACCUUAAAAUUGUAUUUUUUAUGAAAUAAUUAAUUAUAUUUUCAUUAAAUAACAUUUCUUUUUAAGAUUCCUAUUAUAGUACACGAAGCUAUUUGUGUGACAAUAUGGAGAGAAAAAGUGCUUCCAGAAUUAUUGAAUAUAUCACCAAAUCCAAAACAAUCAUUCACGUUAUAUUUUAUUGUAAGUUAAUUGUAUAGUUAAUAUAAUUAAUAUAAUAACUAUUGUUUAGUAGGUAUUUUACAUGAAUAUACAACCUUAGAUUCCUCAAUCUAAUUUUUUUCUAAAAGUAUCUAUCUAUAGGUAAAUUAAUAUUCUCAUGUAAUUGGGCCAUACAUAUUACCCACUCAGUCAUGAAUGUCAAUUUUUGUGAUUGUCACUCCUAUGAAUCAAAAUCAAACAUGUUUGAAAUUCAUCAGUCACAAAAAAUGUAUUAUUUAUCUAUUAUCAUUAUUAUUAAUUAUUUUAAAAUUAUACGUCAAGUUUCUUUUCGGUUGAAAUAUUUCGAGAUUAAAUUAUUGUUUUACAUUUCUAUGAUAUUUUGUAGGUACUUACAUGAAUUCCGAAAAAAAAAUUGUUAAUGUUAGGGACGGGCGUGGCCACUCUUUUAGGGGGUAGUGGGGAAGAUGGAAUACAUUAAGUUAUUUAAUUUAUAUCUGUAACAAGUGCUGAACUAAUGAUUAGAAAAAACAAUUCGGAGCGAAGUUCGGUUACACAUAUUUUGAAAAGCUGUAAUAUUUACGGUGCAACACUCUAUACUUCGGAGCAAAAUUUAUGGUAGAAAAGUUGUUUACAGACAGAAAAAAAAUACACACACAUCAUAGCAGCGUUGUUAAUACACGCGUAUAAAACGUUUUAUACGUUAUACGCAUGAUAUCCCACGUAUAUAACUUUAUGACUUAGACAUUUUUUUUUUUUAUAGUUUAUUAUAAUAAUGAUAAUACUGUACAUUUUAAAUUUAAAUACGUAUUAAAACUUAUAGAUUAAUUGACAAAUCAACAAAUCACAUCAACUUAGUGAGUUUUCUUAAAUUUAUAAUAAAAUAAAAACAAAACAAAUUAUUUUUUGGUAUUAUAAAUAUUAAUGUAGUUAUUAAUAAAAAUGAACUUAGUAAUUAAUAUAACAAAUUAUUACAUGUAUCUUAGGUAAUUAAAAUAAGAUGUAUAAAAUGAUAAUUAAAUUCAAUUGACAAUUAUUUUACCUGAUAAUUUCUGUUAAAUUGCACCCGAAAAAAAAAAAAAAAAUUGUAUAGAGUAUAAAAUGUAUACAACUAAUAGUUUUAUACCUACUGUACGUUUUAUACAUACUUAGGUAUAAUACUGUUCCAAACCUGUAUCAUAGUAAAACCAAUAGAAUCCUCUCUACGUUACGAAUCUAAAACAAAGUCGAAAUCACAGACACCGUUUUUACAUACAUUUUCCUGUCUUUUUAAAGUUUUCGUCUGAUUUUUUCCAAAUUCUCAAGCAAACUACAAGACUCCCCAAAACACCAUCUGUACAAAAUUAUAUAUCAGAAACCACCCUUAAAGUUGAUGAACAGAGGAAGGUUUCUGACAAGAAAAUUUUUUACAAAAAAAAAACACUAGGUACAUUACUAACUAUACCUUCAGAAUUUAAAAAUUGAUCUUAUAAGUAAUAAUUUAUUAGGUGAUUAAUAUGUAUAAUUUAUGUAUAUAUUUAUGUAUGUAUUAUCAAAAUGUGAUCAACGUUUUUUGUUAAGAUUAAUUUAAAUAAUAUUAAUAUACCAAUAAAUAUCAAAUUAUUUUAGUUAUUUCACGAAACUGUAGCAGUUGGAUUGUUACAAAAAAUAUUAUUUCACGAGGAAGGUGUUCAGGCUCUGGGGAAUUAUGCUUUAGAUCUAUUUGACCAUAUCAUAUUUUCUAUCACACAUCUAGCCAUCGGGUAUGGUUAAAUGAUUAAAUAUUACACAAAGUUACAGUUUUAUUUAUUUUUAUUAAGUGAAUUAAUUGGUUUUAGAAUUAAAAACAAUUUUGCAUUCAAUACAAAAAUAACAGAUACACAAGUAUCAGAAGAAAUAAUUGAACAUAGUCAUAAAAUACAAUUUGAAGUGGGAAUUUGUUGUAUUGGAAUAAUGUUCAACAUGAUACUACAUAUAAAAAAGUAAGAAAAUAACAGAUUAUAUUAUACAAAACUAUAAGUAUUAAAUUAUUUAUAUUAUUAGUAGAAUUAUUAAUAAGCAGAAUUUGGGACUUACAGCAUUUGUUUAUUUAUGUUAUGAGUUCAAAUAUGAAAUUUAAAAGUGCUUUUUUAAGUACCUACUUAUUUCAGGCUUAUAAAAAGGUUUUUAAAUGCAAAAUAAAAAAUCUGUAAAUAAUUUUGAUAAAAGAAAUAAUAAAGAAUUUAAGAAUUAAAUUAAUACUGUUUAAUGAGCGCUGUAAAGAGAUUGAAGAAUUAGAUAUUAAAAAAUAACAAAAUGAAUGAAGCAUUCAUUAUUAUAACAAACAUUAAUAAUUUAAUCGAUUUAAUUAUUUUGAUCCUGUUAAAACUUAUCAGUACCAUACGAGUCCUGGAGGAUGUCAGUGAAAAUUGUUUUGUUCUAAAAUUCUCUCCGCCAUAAAUUGUAGUGUUCCUAUUGCAUCUCGAGUGCCUACAAUUUGGUGGAAACCAAACUGGGUAUCCCAAAAAUAUUCUCUUCUAUUUGUACAUCUAUUCAUUUUUUGAUUAUAUUUAGUAUAAUUUUUGAUAUAUGUGAUAUCAGGUUAAUUUACUUACUGAAUUGAGUGCACUCUACUGCAUUUGUCUUUUUUGGUAUUAGAAUCACUACUAAGUAAUUUGCAUUCAAACAAUAAUAUAGUCAAAGUCACAACAUUACAUACUGAUCAUACGCUGUAAAGUUCCGUAUCUCCAGUUUUCUCUCUAUUAGUUACCAUCACAUGUUUAUAAUCAAUACCUAACUUUACUAAAUUUCGUCUAUGAGAAUUGUCACCAAUAAUAUAAUUCUUAUAGCAGGCCACUUUUUGAUAAUAUUGUCAAUAAUAAUUGAACGUAUUUUAGCAUGUCUAUUUUCGCUACCAUGUAAACAAUACGAUUACAAUAAUAACAAUACAAUACGGCAGCAAAAAUUGCCAUUACCAAUAAUAUCUAGGAAUCGCUUCAAAAUUAGUUGUAUUUGAAGGACUACACAUCAUCAAAAAAUGUCCAUUCUUGGUGGCCGAGGGACCACAUGUCUUUUGACAUAAACUUUCAUAAAUAAAUACAUUUUUACAAUUAUUUAUUUAAUAUAAAGGUUAAAAUAAAGGCAAAUGGUUAUAAAGGUAAAUUAGUUCAAAUUUAAAAAUUAUUUUUUACGACAAAUUGAGCUCCACGCCGAAGCGGUUAUUCCAAAAUACCCAAAAUAACUAUAUCAAAUGCAACUCUAGGUGUCGACAACAAUGGAAGUAUAGAUAUUAUAUAUGCAAGCUGAAACCAUUCUAAAAGAUGAAAACAACAAGUGAAAACGGAAAAAAAAAGUUUUGGCGCUAGAAAAACUAAGUGUAUAGAUUAGUGAAUAAAAUAUAUGAAUCUGAAGAGCAUUAUCGUCCCAAUAUUUAAAAAAGAGCUAAUACUGAGGACAGGUGAGGGCACUGUUGUAGGUGGGUAGUGGGAAAGGUGGUAUACAUAGUUAUUAAAUUUAUACAUGUAACCAACAAUAAACCAUUGAUAAAGAAAAACGAUUCGGAAAAAAAGUUCGGUUAUACGUUUUUAAAAUAAUAUUUACGAUUUUAGUCAAUAUUUGAUAUUAAAACUAUUAUACAUUUUUUUUUUGAACGACUAAGUACGAUUUAUAAUGAACCUCCAAUACAUUUUUAAACACUUCUGUUCAGUACAAUUUACCUACAGAGUACGUACCUACCAAAUAAAAAUAACGUAAAAAAAAAACUCGCAAAAUUAAAAUGUCUAUCAAUUACCAUAAAAUAGCUCAACAAUUGUUCAAAUGUUCUGAAAGUUUUACCACGUCUAAAAAAAUUAAAUAUAAGUUUUCUAUCAACAAUUUAAGUCUCUACGAAUAUUUUAACCUAAAUUACAUUAAAAAAACAAAAUUUAAAAUAAUAAUAGAUUUAUUUUUGUAAAAUUUCUUGUUCUUUCUACGUAUUUUUCGGUUUUGCUCAAUUAAUAAAGAAACUACUCAAGAAAUCAAAAAUAGGUUCUCUAAAUCACCAACUAGAUUGAAAAUUCAACAAAAAAAGAUUACUUGAUGUUUUUCUAUUGGAGCAAUAUUUCUGGUAGAAAACGUAGGCCGUACAAAUUUAAAAUAAUGAAAUAGUUUUAUAGUAUAUUUCGUUUUUCCCAAUUAUUCUGAAAAAAAUAAAUACAUCUGUCAAUGGUUAUGGGUUUAAAAAAUCAAAAUCGAUCUCUUAUCAUUUUCCGAUUGGAGUAAUAUUUCUUAUAGAAAACAUAAGUUGAACAUAUUAAAAUAAUUAAACCGGGACAUUAAAUUGCCGUAAAUAUUAAAUCAAUUUUAGUUUUUUGGUUUUUCUCAAUUAUUAGAAAAACUCCUUAUCGGAAAACGAAUUUCUCUGUCAGGGACGAAAUACUAUAAAGAAAAAAAUCGAUCCCUUGUCAUUUUUGAGUUGGAGCAAUAUUUCUGGUAGAAAACGCGCCUUAAAUAUUUACCGUUUUACUUAUAAUUUUUUUUCGGUUCUUCCCGAUUAUUUCAAAAAUCCUAUAGAAAUUCAAAAAUGACCUUCUCAAUGUGCCAACCAGAGAAAAUUAUCUUUCAGAAAAGAUGAUACAGUUUAUACAUCACAGCAAGUGUUCUGGUAGAAAAGUUGUGCAAACAAAAAAAAAAACACAUAACAAAACCAAUAGAUCCCUCGCUGGCUCCGAAUCUAAAAAAGAGGCGGUUUACUUACUAGUCACGGAUGUAACAUUAUUGUAGGCAAGAAAUUGGAUAGGUAGAAUGCAUAAAGUUAUUUAACUAAUUUGUAUGCAAACAUUUUAUUUAUCUCAUAUGACCAUUGGUAAUGGUUAACUUUUAUUGAAAUUAAAACUAAAACUUAUGCAAAAAUAAAUCAUUGCUAAUGAAAACAGAAGUUUGAUUACACAUGUUUUGAAAGGACGUAAUUUUUUAUGAUUCUAGUAAAAUUUGAUUUUAAAACGGUUAAAAUAAAUAAAUACAUUAGAUUCGACUUUUUCUUGAUAACUAAGUUAAACUUGUACCUAAUGAAUCACGAAUUAAAUGUUAAAGCAUUUGUAUUUAAUCAAACCUUUUUAUUCACCGAAUAGGUACCCUAUAAAAUAAAAACUUUUAAAUAACUAUAUAAUAAUUUAUUUUAGCUAUUGUGGACUAAAAUUAUAUGAAUUAUUUCGUUUAUGUUAUAAUUUUACUAAUACAAUUUCAUAUUCAUAAAUAUAAAAGAUAUUUGUUAUACAUUAUGCUGACGAGUGAUACCUACAUGCUGGCCAGUCCCGGAUCUACCCACCGAGUUUUAGUAUUUUCACCAGCCCUAAAUUAUACGAAUAGACCUAAUUGACAUAAAUUCGUUUUUAAACAAGUAUAAUUUGCCAAUUGUUUUGAUAGCUCGCAGGUUUCAUCCCGGCCUAUACCUGGCAGGUAUGUUACUGUUAUAGGCGAAAAGUUAUGAAGGUAUGAUGCAUUGAGUUAUUGUUUGAAAUUUAUGUUUGUAUGCAACUAUUAUCACUAUUAACUAGAUUAUUGUUAACGAUAUAAGAUGCUGAGCGUUUAACAUAUUUUGAAACAACGUCGUUUUUUUGAUGUUUGUCAAUAUUUGAACUUAAAAUGCUUAUUAAAAAUAUUACUAUACAUUACACUAUUAACACUAUUUUUUAAUUUUUAUCACCAAGUACUACUUAAGGUUAACCCCGUUUCAAAUUUGACUAAGAUUUCUGAUAGAACCAGAUAUCCUGAUUUAGGCGGGACACUACCGCUUUUCAAGCAGACGUUCGGUGUUCCGCUAAAUAUUAUGAUUAAGUCAAGACAGCAAAAGAAAACAUAAUUCGUAAAAAUUUAAAUCAAUGAAAUGAUACAAGUUAAAUUUGUCAGUUUUUAUUUUACGUAAUUUUCCAAUAAUCCUAAUCAUUAUGAAAACCCUAUAGAAAAUCGAAAAAUGACCUCUGUAAUGCACCAACUAGAUAAAAAAUGUGACAAAAAAGGUACCUUGUUAUUUUUUGAUUGGAGUAAGAUUUCUGGUAGAAAAAUUGUGUACAGACAGAAAAAAACAGUAAAAUCAAUAGAUCCCUUUCUGUGUUUAAAAUCUAAAAAAUCUAAUAGAGACAAAUAAAGUGAUUUCAUUUAGCUUUUUAGUGGACACAGCACAAAUUACAGUAAAAGUAAUAGCCAAAAAACUUUUUUCGUGGAUUUUAAAAGUUAUAAGUCUCAAACCAUGUUAAUUACAGGGUCGCCACUAUUUUUGAAUUUUUUAGAGAAAUAAUUUUUUUUAAUACCUAUGUAUUUAUUUUAUUAAAUAUUUUAUAAUCAAUGCUCUUGAAAAUUAGCUGUAACUAAAUCCUCAUUUUUAGUUCCUUAAUUUUUCAAGCUUAUGUUACACAAACCAAAACAAAAAAAAAUUUUAAUUAAUCUUAACACUUUAACAAAUUUAAACAAAAAUAUUUUUUUAAUUAAAUUUAUUAGUCUCAAUAGAAUUUAAUUAUUUAAAUAUUAUAAUUCUGACUGAAACAUGAUAUAGCACGAUUUUGGGUCGCUACAGGAUAAAUAGCUAAAAUUUGUUCUCCCUUGCAGAAGUAGUUAUAUUUAAAUCUUUAUGAUAUGUAUUAUGCAUUUGUAACAUAUUUGUAUUUGACAGUAUGUGAAAAUAAAUGAAAGUAACUAGAAAAACGAAUUCAAUUUCUUAUUUAAUAAAUAUUUAACCAAACUAUAAUUGCAAGUUUUUUUCAUAACUACCACCAAUAGAAUUUAACAUUCAUAUAUAAUUUUUUUUAAAACAAUUAUUUAUACUAUGGAAAAAAACCUCAACCUGCUAUAAAAUUGGAAAUUUCCAGGGUUAUUGUAAAAUCGGUACUUUUGAUUUUCCUGGUUCUUAAACAAAAUUAAAAUUUUAGGUUUCCAGAAAGUGGCAACCCUGAAUUAAAAUAUAGGAUUAAGUGUGGUUGAAAAAGUGGAGAGAAGCGUUAGAUGUAUUUUACAUGACAAAAGUAUUCCAAUGGCACUUUAAGGCAAGUUCUACAAAGGUUAAUGGUAGACAAAAAUAUAGACUAAAGAAUGAAUUUUGCAGAGAUGUAGAUUCUUGGGAGGAUCAGAGGAGUGAUGAGUGAAAAUAGAAUAAAGAAUGAGUACAUGAGAGAUAGCUUAGGUGUGGCUUUGAUAGCAGACAAUAUGAAAAGGAAAUAGACUGAGAUGGUUUGACAAUAUUACACGGAGAGAUGAAUCUGAAGCAGUAAGAAUUGUAAUGAAAAUAAACAUAACAAGAAAGAGAAGGAGAAAGAGACCAAAAGAGGUGGUAGGGUGUAAUUGAAAAUGAUAUGAAGACAACCAGUGUAUGUGAGGUGGGGAGAUAAGGUCAAGAGGAAGUUUAGUACGGGGGUGACAACACCAAACAGUUGGGAUGAAGGUAAAGAAAAUUAAUGUUUUUAAUGCAGUGUAAGUUACUCAAUUUAUGUAUAACUUAUAAAAAUCAAUUAAAAAUUAAAUUUAUUUCAGUCUAUCCAUUUCUGUGACUACACGAAUGACAACUAAUAAUGACGUGCCAAUGCUUAUUUGUCAUCUAUUGAAUACUAAACCCUGGAUAAAGAUGGAAAAUAAUGCUAAAUAUAUAUUUCAAGGUAUUUUGAUAAUUAAUUAUUAUUAGAAUAGUUACAAAUUAAUGAAAUUUUUUAAUUUUUUAAAUAGACAAUGUAUGGAAAACAAUGAAUGCUAAUAACAAUAUAAUACCGAAACAAGAAGCACAUUUAUGGUUAAGUCUACAUGCAUUUUUCACAUCUGGAGAGUUAUGUAAUAACUACGAAAUAACCCAAUUUCGGAAAAAAAAUCUUAUGCAGGUUUAAUAAAUUGAAAAAAUUAAAUACUUAAUAUUUCAUAUACACAAUUUAAAAAUAGUUUUAACUUAACUCGUAAUCUCUAAAAUAACCAAUAUUCACAAUUAUUUGUUUAAAUAUUUAAAAAAUAUAAAUGCAAAUUAAUGACAUUUAUUAUACCGAUUAAUUUAAUCUUAAUAAAAUCUAAGGUGAUGAAUAGUAGUAUACAGUGGCGGUUUUUAACUUAAUAUAUUUAACAUACAAAAAAAUAUUUACCCAAUAUUUAUUUAUUUUAAUUAACUAACAUAUUAUGUUUCUACUUUUAUCUGUAUGAAUUUAUCUAUGUUUUAAUCAACAAUAAAGUUUAAGUUUAAUUUAGAAAUUAUGACACAAAAUCUAGUUUUCAUAAUCUAAACUCAGAAUCAGGAGAAUGACCAGACCCCUCCCCUGUAAAAAUGCCACUGGCAAUAUAGUAUAUUCAAUUUAAUAGUCAGGAAAUUUAGAUACCAAACAAUUGUAUAUUUUACAAUCAUAAAUCGAAAAAAAAUGUAUAAAAAAUAAAAUAGUUUACUUUUUCUAUGUUUACUCUUAUUCAGUUUUAGUUUGUUUUACACAGAUUUAAAAAAUUAAAAAAAAAACAAAAGUACAUGCUUAGUUCGACUAGGAAAAUCAGGACAAGUAAAACUUUAAAUCUUCUAUUAAGUAUUUAUCAGAAAAAAAAUUAAAUUAAUAUUUUAAGACAAACCAAACUUAUAAGUCAAUAUUGUCUAUAUUGAUAGAGGGCUUCUUACAAUAAUUAAUGUCUUUCACAUCUGAAUAUUACAUAUUACAAUAUUCAAAUGUUAUUAAUUAUUGAUUCAAAAAAUAAUUGUCCUCUUCCAAUUAUUUAUUUUGUAUACACAAUAUUUUAUGAUAUAUUUUUUUUUAAGUUAUAACUUACAAAGAAUAAUUUAUUGUGAUAUUUAUAUUAAAUAGUUACAACAUUUACUCAACGAUUGUCUUUUGGAUCAUAUUCCAGUGUUGAUACACUUGAAACAGAGUUUAUAUCAGAUGAGUUUAUCUGAAGUUUCAACAAUAUCAAAACGACCAAUACUGAUAGAAAUCAAUGCUGAAGUAUGAUUUUCUGAUGUUUAUAUAUUAAUAUAAUUGUUUUGCUAAACUAUAAAUUGUUUUUAUUAGAUUAAAUCUAAUAUCUUAAAUACUUAUGCAAAUAAAUGGAAAAAAAUUGCUAGAGUACAAGCCCUUUAUUUAUUUGGCAAUGAAUCAUAUAACAUAGCUAAAUCGUAAGUAUAAUUAAAUAAAUCUAGUUUGGUAAUACUACUUAAGUUAUUAUUAAAUUAAUAAAAACUACAAAAUAUUGGUUUUUUAUGUUUUAGAUUAAGUGGUACAUAUGAACAUAUAGAUCAUUUUGAAAUCAAUGAAAAUAUAUGUGCUACUUGUAAAUUACCUGCAAAAAAUAGGUGUUCCAAGUGUAAAAAUCAAUGGUAUUGUAGCAGGUAA